AUGGCCCUCGGCCCCAAGCUACGGCUGACAUGCCACACAGAUCUUCUUGCCCCCAGGAUGGGCCCGGCCGUGCCAGCCUGGAGCAAACCCAGGACGUGUCUGCAGGGCUCCGGAGGGCCUGUGCCAACCACUGCCCGGAGGCCCAUGAUGAUGCGGCAACUGCGCCCGAGGACCUUUCAAAGGCCGAGUCCUGAUAACGCGGAGCCCAAGAUCCUGUUUGGCACCAGAGCGCCCCGUGGGUGCGGCCAGGGCCGGGACUGCAGCCCCUACAUAAGGCGUCCAGGGCUGGCCUCUUGGGCCGGUGGAGCUCACACAAGCCCGCCCAUUGUCCUGCUGCGGCAGGGGCCAGGGCCAGCGGUGACCCUCUUCUCCACCGUCAUGCUCGGGGCUCGGCUGCUGCUGCUCCUGUCUUAUGGGGGGGCCCUGCUCGGCACUGGUCUAAACAAAACGUCCUCUAUGCACCCAGACCUCCGGAGGCUGCAGGACUCCCCACCCACAGCUCCAGACAAGGGCUGGUGCUCCACCUGGGGGGCCGGCCACUUCUCCACGUUCGACGGCCACGUGUAUGACUUCCUGGGAACCUGCAACUAUGUCUUUGCGGCCACCUGUGAGGACACAUCACCCACCUUCAGUGUCCAGCUACGGCGUGGGCCCAGCGGGAACAUCUCCCGGAUCAUUGUGGAGCUGGGGGCCUCCGUGGUCACCGUGCAGAAGGCGGUCAUCUCCGUGAAGGAUGUGGGGGUCGUCAGCCUGCCCUACACCAGCACCGGGCUCCAGAUCACACCGUUCGGCCGGAGCGUGCAGCUGGUGGCCAAGCAGCUCGAGCUGGAGCUGGUGGUCAUGUGGGGCCCAGGCAGUCACCUGCUGGUGCUGGUAGAGAAGCGGCACAUGGGCAAGCUGUGUGGUCUCUGCGGGGACUUCAAUGGCGAGCAAACCGACGAGUUCCUGAGCGAGGAAGGCAAACCGCUGGAACCACACACGUAUGCUGCCCUCCAGAGGCUGGAUGACCCCAACGAGAUCUGCACCUACACGCCGGUCACCAGGCCCCGGGCCCCACAGGCAGAGCACGCCCAGAUUUGUGCCCAGCUGCUGACCCAGGUGGCCCCCGAGAGCAGCGUGUCCAAAGAGCCUUUCGUGCUGAGCUGCCAGGCGGACGUGGCCAAGUGCGCGCUGCGGGGCCAGUGGGACUGCGCCUGUGCCUCACUGUCCGAGUACUCGCGCCGCUGCAGCAUGGCCGGCCAGCCCGUCAGCCACUGGCGGCGCCCCAGCCUCUGCUCCGUGGGCCCGUGCCCAGCCAACCAGGUGUACCAGGAGUGCGGCGCGGCCUGCGCCAGGACCUGCUCCAACCCACAGCACACCUGCUCUAGCUUCUGCACCUUCGGCUGCUUCUGUCCCGAAGGUAUGGUUCUGGAUGACGUCUCCAGAAACCACACCUGCGUGCCCGCUGCCCAGUGUCCCUGCGUGCUCCACGGCGUGGCCCACAGCCCCGGGGAAGUGGUGACAGCCGCCUGCCGGACAUGCCGCUGCUCCCUGGGCCACUGGGUGUGCACAGAGCGGCCCUGCCCCCGGCGCUGCUCCCUGCAAGGCGGCUCCUUUGUCACCACGUUCGACGCCCGGCCGUACCGCUUCCACGGCGCCUGCACCUACAUCCUCCUCCAGAGCCCGCAGCUCCCUGAUGGGGGCUCCCUCGUGGCCUCGUACGACAAGUCUGGAUACUCUCACUCGGAGACCGCCCUAGCUGCCAUCAUCUACAUGUCCAGAGAAGACAAAAUCGUGAUUUCUCGGGACGAGGUCCUCACCAACAGCGGGAACACCAAGUGGCUUCCGUACAAGACUCGCAACAUCACGGUCUUCAGGCAGACGUCCACCCACCUCCAGAUGACCACCACCUUCGGGCUGGAGCUCGUGGUGCAGCUGGAGCCCGUGUUCCAGGCGUAUGUCACUGUCGGGCCCCAGUUCAGAGGCCGGACCAGAGGGCUCUGUGGCACCUUCAAUGGCGACACGACGGAUGACUUCAUGACCAGCACGGGCAUCGUGGAGGGCACCGCCCCGCUCUUCGUGGACUCUUGGCGGACGGGGAACUGCCCGGCUUCACUGGAGCGUGAGAUAGACCCCUGCUCCAUGAGCCAGCUCAACAAGUUGUGUGCAGAGACCCACUGCUCAGUGCUGGUGAGGGACGGCACCGUGUUCCAGAGCUGUCACGCCGCCGUGAACCCCAGGCCCUUCUACAAGAGGUGCGUGUACCAGGCCUGCAACUACGAGGAGACCCUCCCCCACGUGUGUGCCGCCCUGAGUGACUACGCCCGCGCGUGUGCCACACACGGCAACCUCCUGCGGGGCUGGAGGGACAGCGUGAACUGCACCACCCCCUGCACGGGCAACCAGACAUUCGGCGACGACAUCCGGGCCUGCGGCCGCACGUGCCUAUCACUGUCUGACCACGCGGCCGAGUGCCACCCGAGCGCCGUGCCCAUGGACGGCUGCGCCUGCCCCGAGGGCACCUACCUCAACCACAAGGCCCAGUGUGUGCGCAAGGCCCAGUGCCCCUGCCUCCUGGACGGCAGCAAGCUCAUCCCAGCUGACCAGUCCGCCAUGGUCAACGGCGCCAUCUGCUACUGUGUCAACGGCCGGCUGAGCUGCCCCGGGCGCCCACAACUGCUCCUGGCUACCUGCUCGGCCCCCAAGACCUUCCAGUCCUGUGACGAGUCAUCGGAGAGAACAUUUGGGGUGGCCUGUGCCCCCACAUGUCAGAGGCUGGCCACCGGCACCCCCUGCGUACCCACCAAGUGUGAGCCUGGCUGCGUCUGUGCCAAGGGGCUCUACGAGAACGCCACCGGGCACUGCGUACCCCCCGAGGAAUGUCCGUGCGAGUUUGCGGGGGUCUCCUACCCCCGGGGCGCAGAGCUCCACACCGACUGUAAGACAUGCACCUGCUCUGGGGGCCAGUGGACGUGCUGGCAGAGUGCCCGCUGCGCCUCCACCUGCACACUCUACGGGGAGGGCCACGUGGUCACCUUCGACGGCCAGCGCUUCCUGUUCGAUGGCAGCUGCGGGUACAUCCUGGCCACGGACGGCUGCGGGGCCAACCACUCGCAGCCCAGCUUCACAGUCCUGACGGAGAAUGUUGUGUGUGGAAAGUCGGGCGUCACCUGCUCCCGGGCCAUCAAGAUCUUCCUGGGGGGUCUGUCCGUCGUGCUGGCGGACAGGAGCUACACGGUCCACGGGGAAGACCCACACGUGCGGCUCCGGGUGGGCACCGGCUCCCUGAACCUGGUGCUGGAUGUCGCUGUUGGCAGCGGCUACAACCUGACCCUCGUCUGGAACAAGCGCAUGACCGUGUCCAUCAGCGUCGCGCGUGGCAGCCAGGGUGCCCUGUGCGGCCUGUGCGGCAACUACAACGGGAACAUGAAAGACGACUUCGAAACACGCAGCAACUACGUGGCAUCCAGUGAACUGGAAUUUGUGAAUUCGUGGAAGGACAGCCCGCUGUGCGGGGACGCCGGCCUCGCGCUGGACCCCUGCAGCCUCAACGCCUUCCGCCACAGCUGGGCCACGCGCAAGUGCGGCAUCAUCAACAGCCCCACCUUCGCCGCCUGCCACAGCCAGGUGUACCACCUGCCCUACUACGAAGCCUGCGUGCGAGACUCGUGUGGCUGUGACACCAGCGGCGACUGUGAGUGCCUGUGUGACGCGGUGGCUGCCUACGCCAAGGCCUGCCUGGAUAAAGGCGUGUGUGUGGACUGGAGGACCCCAGACUUCUGCCCCGUCUACUGUGACUUCUACAACACGCACGCUCCGGGGUACAACGGGUACCAGUACGACCAGGAGGCCAAGUGCACGUGGCACUACCAGCCAUGCCUCUGCCCCGAGUACCCACAGAGCCUCCCAGACACCAACACCGAAGGCUGCUACAACUGUUCCCAGCACGAGUAUUUCGACCACAGCACGGGGACCUGCGUUCCUUGCAUGCCGCCGCCCACCACGCCGAGGCCCAGCACAGACAACGGGUGUGGGACGGGACAGGGACUGAGCCUGGGCCGCCCCUGGGGCCGCUCUGCACGGAGGGAGCGGCAGGUACUGCCCCCAGAAGUCAGCGGGGAGGGGGCCCGCGAUAGCCCCCAGCCCCAGACAGCCAGGGGGAACAACACAUUUGACGGGGGCUUAGGAGCCUGCGGCGUGAAGGAGCUGCAGCAGGAGGUCACCUACCGAGGGUGCACCGCCAACGUGACAGUGACCCGCUGUGAGGGCUUCUGUGCCUCCUCGACGAGCUUUGACAUCCCCACGAAUCAGCCCGAGACCCACUGCAGCUGCUGCGAACCCCUCGGCUCCUACCAGAAGCAGUUCGCGCUGCCCUGCUCAGACCCCGCAGCGCAGGGCCAGCAGCUGGUGCUCACCCUGCAGAUGUUCAGCAGCUGUGCGUGCAGCCCACAGCGCUGUGGGGGCUAG